AUGGAAUAUACACCGGACUAUGACACAACCACACUGCAACAAGGUGUAACCCCUACCCAACCGGUCCAUGGGGGACCAAGCUCCCCCAUGGUUGGGGCAACUGCCGGUCCCGUUCAUGGGGAUGUCAGGCACCAACAGCUGUUAUUUCAUGAGGCUGUGAGGCUGGAGAAUUACGCGGAACUUGCCCGGUUGUUGAGGGCCUCGCCCCCAGCCAGAUUGGACGUGAAUAUAUUUGACAGACAUGGUCAGACACCCUUGCACCAGAGUGUCCUCAAGGGUAACCUGGAGAUGGUGAAGCUGUUAGUCCAUUGUGGCGCUGAUGUGGCCCUAGCGAACAGAGAUGGGUGGAACGCUGUGCAUAUCGCCGCUUACAGGGGCUACAACGAAAUAGCACUUUAUCUCGUCCGAGGCUCUCAAACGUUUCAAAAACGAUGA